AUGUCUGGGCUGGAGCCGAUCGCAGCCUUGGGUCUCGCCUGUAACAUUCUGCAGGUCGUCGGAAUUGGGCGCGAGACGGUCCGGCUAGCCAGAAAGGUGUACCAGGACGGCGAACUCGACCCCGCACUUGGGGAGAACGCCGAGCUGCUGCGCAAAAUCUCUGAUGCGAUCCGCACGACAGCGACUGCGACUGCCGCUCGCGACAAGCAGCUGCUGAACCUGGCCGACAAAUGUCAUGGCGCUGCGCGAAACCUGGACGAGGAGGUCAAGUUUCUCCAUGGCGUACCAGGGGGCAAGGCCAAGCUCAUGGUGGCGUUAAGGGUUGCGGCCAAAACUACCUGGAGAAAGAGGAGACUGGAUAACCUGGAUCGCAAACUUAAAGAGACAGAGGCUCACCUACAGACAGGCCUACUGGCUAGAAUCUUCGAGAGAAUUGAAAAAACAGGAAUCGAUCUCUCAACCCUUGACGCAGGCCUGCGGUCAUUUGUUGAAGAGUAUCGAAAGGGUUACACCGAUAUUGCCAAACUAGUGUCGACUGAGAGCACACGGACGAGGAAACAUGUGUCGGUCGAGGUUAAGCAGACCGAGGUUGCAAUCAGAUCACAUAUCACCCAGCAUGCCAUUGCGUCCGAAAGAUCGCUCCGUACGCAAAUCGGGGCUAUCUUGGUGGGGGCCACCCGGCGGAAUAACGACAUUCAGCUACAGGCGCGGAGGGAGAAACUUCUGCGGAGCUUGAAGUUCGAGCGCAUUAACGAACGACGCAACAACGUUAAAACCUCUCAUAUCGGAACCUGCAACUGGGUGCUGAAGGAUGGGAGCGAUAAAUCUGGGUCUCGAACAAACUCAAGCACGCCUGACAGCGAUUCCUCCAGCAAAAUGGAAGGUGGUGCAGACCCUGACACCGCGUACGAGGGAGACUCGGCCACAGGCCCCAGCUUUGAGUGGGACAGUUUCUCGGACUGGUUGAGAUCGAAUGAGACACUGCUCAGCCAAAAUACUCCGUCUCUCGACCAUUUCCUGGGUACCGGCAGCGAUAUGGCUUCCAAGGAUUCUAACACGGACUGGUUAGUUGAGGAACUGCAAGCAACUUUGCACAGCGUUAUAUGCACUUACCCUCAGCCCAUUGCGAUAAUUUUGGACGGACUUGACGAAGUUCUCCCCAGCGACGAUUACCACAUUGACUUUUCUGAAUGGUUUUGGAUAAGACACAACGGCAAGAAGUACAGCCGAGAUAACAUGCCAAACAGAGCCGAAAUCAAGGAAUGGCUCGUUGCUCAGCUCACAAAGAAAGCCGAGGGCGUCUUUUUGUGGUUUUGCCUGACCACCACGACUGUCACCAAAGCCAUUGCGUCUGGCGAGACAAUCGAGGACCUCGAGCAUCGACUGGAUCGCCUCCCCGGAGACCUCUCGGAACUCUACGCGGAAAUGUGGGCCAGGAACAACGCCGAUAAUACCGAUCACCUGAAGAGUCGCGCGGCCGUUUACUUUCGCAUGGCGCUCGCCGCUAUCAAUCUUCAGGGCCAUGAUUUUCUCAACGCCAUCUGGCUGACCCCAUUUACCAUGGCGAUAGCAACAAGACCAGAACUGGCAAGCUUGUGCUUCGACACAAGCAAAUCCAAGGAGGGUCUGGCCGCACGCUUAUUCGAGGCCUGUGUGGUAAUAAAGCGAGACGUUGAGACCAGGUGCUUCGGACUCCUCGAGUGCCGCCAGUUCGGCGAACGUACUUCUGAGUUGAUAUUGCCAUGGCAAGGGGGUGAGUUCGAAAAGCUCGCCCCCUACGUCUCGCCUGAAACCGGACAAUUUCUUUUUGUUUAUCGCACCGCGCGAGACUUUCUCGUCGACACCGAGACCGGACGUGCUCUCCUGGGGUUCACUUACGGGGACCUGUAUACUAAGCCAGACCUUGGACUUUUAACCGGUCACUUGGCUUCUUGCACGCUUUUCAAAAUACAGUCACCACCUCGGUUUGCCUCGAAUUCCAUGUGUAACGUUUUUUUCAACAUGAGGAGCAUUUUGGAAACUGCUUUGGAAGAAGAAGAAAAGACACGACUGAAAAGGGAUUUUCAGGGAGUUUUACAUCUCUGCGAACGGCUUUUUGGCCAUGGUUAUCUUUUUGACCAUACAAGAGGCGUGGAGGCACACGGCCCGGACAAUACCCGUAUCCAUCUAUUUUAUAAGACUGUUUUGCGCCAGCACGAGUUCUUUAAAUACAGCGUGUUUUACGCCACAGGGACCCUGUGGUCUUUAAAGCCACUAUCUGAAUCGCUGUUCGCCAUGGCCAGAACCCGGGACCUCGACAAUAAAAUGAAGGCGGAGUUUCUGUAUUGCGCCUUGUAUCAUCGGCUCGAAGAAUACGAGCAACUAGGGCCGGUCGAAAGCCUUCUGGAGUGGGGUUGCUCUCCAACACUCAAGAAAAGAUACAGGCAAUCGAGGGUGGUCACUAACGGAGAGGUGCUUGAAACACCGCUCAAGUUCUUUUUGGAGUCCAAAUGCUGGACUUUGACCGGAAUGCGGGAUGCUGACCCAGUUGAAUUACACACCUCGGCGGACAUCUUGAAGCGGUUUCUCGGCUUCGGAGCCGACUUGGAAGAGGAAAUACACAUUGCAUUCCAGUUCUCGGAAGGGCUGAUAAAAGCAGCAUCAUGGCGGGAUUGGCCUAGAUAUAAAUUCCUAAUUAUAGGUUACCCAGCAUUAGUCGUAAUUGGCACUUUGAUCCGGCAAUGGGGAUUCGAAAGCCACGCAGACUUUGUCUCACUCUGCGGAGGGCAGGAUCUUUCCAAAGGGAUGGUGGGACAAGGACGCCUUAUUGCCAUCCUGAAUCCUCCGCUUAAUCGGCCUGGGCCCUAUUCGGAUUUGAACUACUUUGAUGCAUACCCGCUGGAACCAAACACAAAUCCGGAUCAGGAUCUCCUGCAACUGGUGCGACUUGCGGAGCUGGGCCUCGUCGAGGCAAAUGGUUCUCCCGUUCCUACUGGUCCAGAUAUGCAGGCCUGUUUGGAUCGAGGCCUUGAGCGCAAGCCAUCUGCGGUCGUCCCUGGACUUUACGAGGGAUCUGAGGCAGAAAUUUCCAGAACCUGCUGCGACGGGCGAAUUUGGGUGGUCGCCAACUGUGUUUGA